CAGAGGGUUUGUUUAUUCAUGGGCAGGCUGGUGUACAGUGCGUGCGCGCGCAAAGGAUUGUGGGCUCGGCGCGUAUGUUUCCAUCAUGGCGGCGUCAAUUUCGGGAUACACUUUUAGUUCUGUGUGUUAUCACAGUGCCAACAGCAAUUCCGACCAUGAGGGCUUCCUGUUGGGAGAAGUGAGACAGGAGGAGACUUUAAGCAUCAGUGAUUCACACAUCGGUAGCUCAGAAUUCCUCAAUGUAAUAGAGGUCCAUAAUCAUGAACCUUGUGCACAACUGUUUAGCUUUUAUGACUAUGCAGGUAACGUUAAUGAAGAAAAUCUCAACAGAAUCCUCAAGGACAGAAGAAAAAAUGUUAUCGGCUGGUACCGGUUUAGAAGGAACACUCAACAGCAGAUGUCAUUCAGGGAGCAGGUGAUCCAUAAGCAGUUGACCCAUAUACUUGGCAUCCCAGAUCUGGUCUUCCUCCUGUUCAGCUUCAUCUCCACAGCCAAUAGUUCCACACAUGCUUUGGAGUAUGUGCUAUUCAGGCCCAACAGAAACAGGUAUAAUCAGAGGAUAUCUCUAAGCAUCCCAAACCUGGGCAACACCAGUCAACAGGAAUAUAAAGUCUCAUCUGUGCCGAACACCUCCAAGAACUACGCUAGUGUCAUUAAAGAACAUGGGACUGAGUUCUUUGAUAAGGAUGGGGUGAUGAAAGACAUUCGAGCUAUUUUUCAAGUAUACAGUGCCCUUCAAGAAAGAGUGCAGGCGGUGUGUUGUGAAGUGGAUCAAAGUGAACGAGUGAGGGAGAAAAUCCAAGAAGAAGUGAACAAACUCAAAGAGGAAAUCGCUCUCAGGAAACGUAACAGCGCUGAGGAAGAGAGAAGACUCCAAGAGGCAGCUGCUGUCACGCUUCCCGAUAACCCUGCCCUUCCCGACUCCUCCCACUCUUCACUGACUCGAGUCGUGCUCUCAGGUCCCUCGGUGGAGCCCAGUUUAGAGAGACCCGUGAACUCGUCGUCUCCACCAAUCUACAGCACCACACUGCCUCCAGAUUCACCAAGCGCUAUACUGCUCCCGCGGCCCCAAGCCGUAGGUUCGCCCGGACACCCGUCUCCAAGUCUGGGCCUGGGCAAUGGAGACGGUUCGAGCUCGGAUUCCCUGAACCGCCAGGCCACCGGCCAGGAAGACCAGGAGGAUGAAGACGACGAUGACGAGGACAGUAGCGAGUACGAAAAUUUAGUUAGCGAGCAAUUGCAACCACCUUCCUUAACAGAAACUGUUACAUUAGGACGACCGGCUACCCUGUGGCCCGACGGAGACGCCCACAGCCCGCCAGGCUCAUAGUAGUCAAACAAACCAAUGGGGAUAUUGAUGAAUGAACAGAACUAGGUGUGAUCGUGAGGUCGUGGUGUUCAGAACACAAACAAGCACUUGCCUUUUGUGAGUUAUGACAAUGCUGUCCUGUUGUACACAUUUAACAGCUCUGUGCAGGGGACAUCAUUGUGUUUCGACGAACUCCGAAGUGGAAUGGAAUGAUAUCCCCAUCCGUGUGGAUCGACAUGCCCCCUUUUCUCCGUUUCAUGCUCUCCUCUCUGGUUUUGUUUGGGUGGAGAGGUGCAUCCUGCUUAUCUCGGCGUCUGCCACUCACUGGAGUCUUUCGGUUCUUGCACCAUUUACCUCUUGCACUGUUUUGCCUUCUUUUGAUCUGCAUUCGAAUAGAAAAGCAAAGGCAAUGAUGUCUUUUUUUUGCGGCCUUCAAACACAUCUCUGUGUGAGCUUAUUCCAUCUUCAUUGUCUCGUUUCACAAAUCUGAAUGAACAGGAAAAAAAACACAGUUAUAAUAAGUGCUUAGGACUACAGCUGACACUUGAACAGUUCUUGUUCUAGAAAAUUUAUUUUAUUUUUGGUUUUAUCAGUUAUAUUUGAUUGAUUGAGUAAUAUAAUGGCCUAUUCAUUAAAAAAAAUGAUCAUUUUUGGUCAAUGAUUAUAAAAGUUUAAUAAGGGGUGCUUGUAUUUUCUAUGACAGAUCAUGACUAAUUUCAUUGGCUUAAAUCAAACACAUUUUUGUCCUAUUGAAUGAAUCGAAUAUUAUAUUUCUUUCUGCUGCACUUCAAACUUUCACCAUUGAGCUUUAACUGAAUUUUCCGGCGUACGGUUAGACGGAGCCAUCAGAAACCGGAAGGGUCAAAAUGCAGCAUCAUCGAUCUCAGGAUUCUUUUACAGUACCAGGACUGUUGUUUUCUCACAUCAUCUUGUCCACACGCCUUUAUUCUUUAGUUGAGAAGACAUGAUUGCUCAAAGCAAUGCAGCGGUGGAUCAGUUUAGAGCUCUGUGAUAACGUGAAAUAAAGAUAUCAGCCAUAUGCAGCAGAUCUUUAAAGGUAGAAGCAGUUUUGUCAUCUGUUAGUGGAUGUUAUGCUACAUCUGAUCAAACCAAAAUUACGUUUUCCCUCAAAACUUUGUAUGUAUGUGAAUCUCAGAAAAACAUGACUGGGUCAUUUUACCAUUAACCAUUAAAUAAUAAUAACUUGCCAUUAAAUUGCAAACUGCCAUGAUGUUUAAAUACUUGACAAUUUAAUUUUACUUUUCAAAACAAAUUUUGCAAUAACGAAUCAAUAACGAAACUGAUUUUACAAUGUAAAAAUGUCUCAAAAAAAAAAAAAAAAACGUAAUCGUCCAAAAACAUACUCUUAAUUUUUUUCCAGUUACAAAUGUUAUACAAAUAUAUCUAUAUAUAUCUAUAUAUAUAGACUUGAAAAAUGUGGAGUGAAAUAUGACUGUAACGCGUUCUUGUGAGAUUCACCCAUGUCAUGCAUAUUGUGAACAAUUUGGGCAAGUGACUUGAAUCAGAUUGAUGAGCUGUCUGACUUUUUCACCCAAAGAAUCCAAAACUUAUUUCUUAGUUUUAUCUCAGGAUCUGACGCUCUGACGUUUAUUUUGGCAGAGGCCGAGAAUGUCUCACUUUUCAUUCAGUAUAUUUCUCUAGUUCUGUGUAGGGCAGAAAAAUAAGAAAUGUUUGUUCCCUCGCAUGAGUGUGAAUGAGAGUACACUGACAGAGAUGUUUUAGUCAGCUGUAUCAUGUUGCAUUGACCGUCUGCUUUAAAUGUUUCUGCCUCAUAUUCUGACUUUGGCAUCUGUCUUCAAGUGUACGGCCAAAAACCACCACCACCCAUGGUUUUCAACAGGAAUAUGUAAGCGUUAAACUGAACAAUGACACUAAAGUGGAGAGAUUCCACAUUUAAACUUGACAUGGUGGGCUUGUUUGGACAGCUGGCAGCCAGUCCCUCGGAGCUUUAAAAUGCCAUUUUAUCAUAACUAACGUGUUCCUUAGAAAGUUCGGAUGAACAUAAAUGCCACUUAAGAUGAUAAAAUAUAUAUGCAUAUACACAAUCUGAUCUGGGGUUUGUUUGUUUUUUCAACAAAUAUUUACUAUUCAUGAUUAAUCAAGAGUAAAUUCGCAGCAUCCUCCUCUGAACAUCUAAAGACAACUCAACUAAUUCAGUGUCAAUCUUUGCUGCCAUUAUUGCCUUUUGCUCUCUCCUUACAGAUGCUUUCAAAUCUGAUUACAAAAUAAAUCCAAAUUUGGCAGUGUGCCAUUUUAAUGGGGAAAUUGCAAUGAUGUGAUUGUCAUUUUUAUUGUCGGUUUAGUCAGCUGCAGGUCAGACGUGACUGUUUCCCUGCAAUCGAGCAGCUGUGAGUGAUUAACAUUGUUCCCAUCAGAAUUGGGCUGAAGUCUCUCGUGUUUUACAAGUGUAGACUGUGUUUGGCAGGCUGUUGCACUACUCCAAGCAUUAACCGUUCCAUCUACUGUCAUAAAUCUGUCAACGUGUUUACAAAUAUGACGCAAAUUCCCAAUUAUAAAGUAGUAGCAGUGUUUCAGCAAACACAUAUUGUAUUGUUAGUAUUCUUUGGUGGUUAAUUUGCCCGUUUCUGUCAUUAUUUGCUCACCCUCAUGUCUUUUCAGGGCCUUUUUUUAUGUAAAAUGCAAAAGAAGAUAAUUGGAGAUUGUUCGUGCUUCUCUUUUCCAUACAAUGUGGAUGGGGACGAGGUCCUGUCAAGCUUCAUAAAGGCAAAAACAUGAUUAAAGUGGUCCAUAUGACCUAAGCACUACAUUCCAAACCUGAAGCCAUAUGAUAAGCUUAAUGUCAGCAGUUUAAGUUGUGGUUACAAUUCACUUUCAUUGUACGGAAAAGAGCAGCUUGAACAUUCACGAAAGUCAUACAGGUAUCAAAAGACAUAUGGGAGAAUAAAUUCUGACAGAUUUUUUAUUUUUGGUUGUACAACUACUCUAUAAUAUUAGGCUAAAAAGGCACUUGUUCUCCCUCAGACAUUAUCCUUAUCUGUUAAAUUAUUAGGCCCAUUUAUCUUGCAGUCUGCAAAAUCUUAACUGGCACUUAAAUGAAUAACUAUAUGAUCCGUUACUCUUCACACAAGACAACGUGUGCUGAGCUAUGAAAUGUAUUAGGUUUGAGAGCAAGAACAGUUCCCCUUUCACUGAAUGUGACCGUUUUAAAUUCUCACCUAUGAUGGCAAAAGCUUUCAGCCUCAGGUGGAACAAUGACUUCCUUCCAGAAAUGUUGAAUUUUUGAUCAUAUAUAUACAUAUAAGCUCAAUUUUGUGUCCUUGAGGCUAGUUAUGUUAGCAUAUUCGCUACAAAACAAACACGUAGAAAUUGUGCCUAAUAAUGUAAGCAAAAUCAAAUAAAGCGCAGUACUGCACUAUUGGAUUGAGU